GACAGAGGUGUGCGUGACUUCUUUUGGGACUGGGUGGUCAGGCCCUGUCUUUAUUAUGUGCCAUGCUGUCCCCUCCAGCUGUGGUUCUGCACCCCUACAGCCUACCCGUCUACCCACCGGCACCCCAAUGUUACUCCGGGCUGGUUCAGGGUAGCCCAGAUGCCACAGUACCGCCUGCUGAUGCCAUGACACAGACGUUCCCGGCCCAGUACCCUCCACCCCCUCCCCAGGCUCGGCUGCCUCCACAGUACCACCUCCACAGCACCCCUUCAGAGUACCCGUCUCCAACAGCACCAGAUCAUGGCCUACGCAUCUUUCCUGAGCAAGGAACGACUGCUCCAGAACCAUUACCCCCACCCCCUGCGCAGCCGGAAGAAGUCCCUGCGCCUGAGCUCUCCCCUGAGGUGGAGGAUGCUGAGAGUGGAGAGAAUAAAUCCCAACCCAAACGCCUCCACGUCUCCAACAUCCCCUUCCGCUUCCGUGAUCCGGACCUGCGGCAGAUGUUUGGGCAAUUUGGGAAAAUCCUGGAUGUGGAGAUCAUCUUCAACGAGCGUGGCUCUAAGGGUUUUGGCUUUGUCACUUUUGAAAACAGCCAGGAUGCUGAUCAGGCGAGGGAGAAGCUGAACAGCAGCAUUGUGGAAGGGAGGAAGAUUGAGGUCAACAACGCCACGGCCCGUUUAGUCACUAAGAAACUCCCGGCAGCACCUGUGGUGAAUGGGUGGAAGAUUAAUCCUGUCAUGGGUGCUGUUUAUGCCCCUGACCUGUAUACAGUGGCUAGUAUCCCUUACCCCAUGAUGGCGCCAGCUGCCCUGGCCUAUCGUGGGGCUUUGCGGGGGCGUGGUCGAGCCACUAUCUACAAUCCCAUUCGAGCAGCACCUGCCCCUUCACCAGUUCCAGCCUAUGGCAGUGUCCUGUAUCCGGAUGGCCUCUACAGCUCUGACCUCUAUGGUUACCCCACAGCUUACCGAGUGGCCCAAACACCCACUGCUGCGGCAGCAACGGCAGCAGCUUAUAGUGAUGGGUAUGGACGGGUCUACACUACUGCUGAGCCCUAUCAUCACACAGUGACCCCUGCCUAUGGAGUUGGUGCCAUGGCCAGCUUGUACCGUGGAGGAUGCAACCGCUUCACUCCGUACUGAGGGACCAAGCAAUGUGCUGAGAGACUGGGAGGAGAUUGUGAGCUGAGGAUCCAUAUGGCCGCACCCUGCACUGAGAUCCUUCUCUGUGAGAGAGAAUGAAAGAGAAAGGCAGGCAGACACUGGGGGCUGACCCUUCUCAUCUAGUUGUAUGGAGAUGUUGGGGACAGCCAGAGUACACCUUGGGACUUCUUUCCAGCCCGACAAGGAUCUUCACCAUUACUCUGAAUUCUGAUUUCUCCUGUGUGUUGCUGAGGGGUGAAAAGUUUGAGGGGCAAACCAAAUUCAAAUGUGUGAUCACAGCUGUUAGCGUACAGGAAAGUAGAGGUGUAGGGCGGGGAGGGGGAGCCCUUUUCUGAUCUACUUCUCACUUCACCUGCCACACUUGGGGCUUAGGGAGAAAAAAGCUAAAAAAGAGCUAAGCACCUCUGACAAACUUUCAACGCCUGCACAAAGUUACACUCUUUGGGAGAAUUUGGGGGGGGGGGGGGGCGGUUGCCAUGUCAAUUAAUCCACUUUAGGUUUUAAUUUGUAUCAUGGUGCUUCUGGCCAGCACAUAUAAGCCCAGUUUUGGAUAGAAUGAAGUUAUCCUUGGUGUAAUGGCUGUUUUUCUUAUUUUUUUUUACCCUUAACAUAAAAUAGGAGGUUGAGUUGUUUUGGCAUUUUGGUGCUUCCAAGGGCACAUCCAUGCUGCAGUUUGAUUAGCCUGCCUUCUCCCCAGGAAUCUUGGGAACUGUAGUUUGAAGAUGCUGAGGGCCAAGCUACAAGUGACGAAGGACACUUG